AGACUGACGACGCGCACCAUACACAUACUUUUUUUUCUUUUUCGAAUCUUCGGAUCACGUGCGUACCGAACCGUGGAGUGGGAUCGGUUCGGAUUUCGGAUAAACCGUGAUCCGUUGCACCCCUACUAAUCACCUCUGACACCAAACAAAAUGGGCGAUUCAGACUUGAUGAUGACAAAGUGUUAGGAACAUUCACAGUGACCAUUAGCAAUUUGACUCGUAAUGAUUCAGGAUCAUACCUCUGUGGUGUCCACAGAAACUCUGAGCUGGAUGUUUUCUCUGCUAUUGAGCUGGAAGUUGAAGACUGGUGCUGUGUCAAAUCAACUAAAAUAAAUGUGGAGGAAACCAGAGUACGCAGAGAGAACCCACUGCAAACUUUGCCAGAUUGGGGAUUUGAACCCAGGAUCUUUUUGCUCUGAGAUGGCCUAUGUCACCUAUUUUACAAAUUACUAAAAUACAUUUAGAGGAAGGGCCAUGGAAGAAAGCGCCAUCCCCUCUCUACUGAUAGUUCAGCUCUGCACGUCCCUUCUCAUUGCUCUACAAGACCACCGUGUCUGCAUAAUAUUGUCAAAUCUUACAUUUCAAUCGGCCAAAGCAAAGAUGUGGAGCCUCCAAAACCUGCUUUUCAUCCUCUGCAUUGUUCUGAGAUGUGUGACCAGUGCAGUAGGGGUGAUCCAUGUGACUGGAUAUGUGGGGAGAGAGGUUAACGUUUCCUGCUCUUAUAAUGAGGGUUAUGAAUCUUAUGAAAAGUACCUGUGUAAGAACGACUGUGGUAGUGACGAUGUUCUUAUUACAACAUCAAACUCCUCGAAAAACAAAUACAGGAUCCAAGAUGACAAAACGGCACGAAUCUUCACAACGACCAUCUCUGAUCUUCAAUCUGUGGAUGCUGGGAAAUACUGGUGUGGAGUGAGCAGAUCUGGGAAAGAUAUCUACACUGAAGUCGAGCUGAAAUUAGUAUCAGACAGCUGCUGUGACACUGUGACCAAAGUUCAAAGUUAUGAGGGAUACUCUGAGUCCCUCAGUUGUCAGUAUGAGUCUCAGUACCAGAACAGCCUGAAGUACAUCUGCAGAGGAAAUCGGCCCUCCACAUGUCUGCAGCAGGCACUAAUCACCUCUGACACCAAACGAAAUGGACGAUUCAGACUUGAUGAUGACAAAGUGUUAGGAACAUUCACAGUGACCAUUAACAGCUUGACUCAAAACGAUUCAGGAUCAUACCUCUGCGGUGUCCAAAGAAACUCUGACCUGGAUGUUUUCUCUGCUGUUGAGCUUAAAGUUGAAGAGUGGUGCUGUGUCAAAUCAACUAAAAUAAAUGGUACUGCAGGACAUCCACUAACUUUGCAGUGCCCUUAUCCUUCACAACAUCGGGAUAACAGGAAGUUCCUCUGUAAGGGAGACCACCGCAACAAUUGCUCAGACAUGGUGACGAGUCAAAGCAGGUUCACACUGCAAGAUGAUGCUGCUUCCAGCUCUUUUAUCGUGAGGAUCACAAAACUGGAAGCAGCUGAUGGUGGGACAUACUGGUGUGGGUCAGACUCACAGUGGAGAGUUGGAAACUACACCAAGAUUGAGCUGUCAGUCUGUCUGCACUGCACAAGCAAUGUAAGUCUUGGUACCACAGCAGAAACUCAGAGAACACAAAUCCCAGAUUCAGCACUCUGUGUGGUUCACGUUGCACCCUCAGUGCUGCUACUGAUGAGUGUUUUAGUUAUUUGUUGUUUAUAAGUUCUACAAACAACUUAUAAUCUUCCUGGGUUUAAGCAACUGAGGUCUCCGUGAGCACAGUAACCCCAAGUCAAACACUUCAGAGGACGUGAUGGAUGCAAAGUCUUAAGUCUUAAUAGG